UAUAAUCGCCGCUCUCCGCCGCGCCGCUCAGUGCCGGCACUGGGUGGGACCCCACGCGUGACGCCGCGCUCCGCCGUGGGAUCCCCGCUCUCCUCCGCCGCGACCCCCGCGUCCCGUCUCCGCCGCCCGGUGACCCGGGGUCCCCCCUCGUUGCCGCUCCGACCCGCCCCGUUCUCCCGCUGCUCCCGGUUGUUCUUCACCCCCCGCUGACCCCCGACGUCUCCUCCGCCCGCUCCCCCCCGGAACCUCGGAGCCCCGCGGCCCCGUUCGUGCCACCCGCCGACGGAGCCGCCAUGGCCACCCCGGCCCAAAGGAGAAGCGGCCGCAGCGGCGGCGCCCAGGGGACCCCCCUGUCCCCCACCCGCAUCACUCGGCUGCAGGAGAAGGAGGAUCUGCAGAACCUCAACGACCGCCUGGCCGCCUACCUGGACAAGGUGCGCGCCCUGGAGCUGGAGAACGCGGGGCUGCGGCUCCGCAUCACCGAGUCCGAGGAGGUGGUGAGCCGGGAGGUGUCGGGCAUCAAGGCCGCCUACGAGGCCGAGCUGGCGGACGCCAGGAAGACGCUGGACUCGGUGGCGAAGGAGCGAGCGAGGCUGCAGCUGGAGCUGAGCAAAGUGCGGGAGGAGCACAAGGAGCUGAAGGCCAGGAACGCCAAGAAAGAGGCGGAUCUGCUGGCGGCGCAGACGCGGCUCAAGGACCUGGAGGCGCUGCUCAACUCCAAGGAGGCCGCGCUCAGCACCGCGCUGGGCGAGAAGAGGAACAUGGAGAACGAAGUGCGGGAGCUGCGCGGUCACGUGGCCAAGCUGGAGGCGGCGCUGGGGGAGGCGAAGAAGCAGCUGCAGGACGAGAUGCUGCGCAGGGUGGACGCCGAGAACCGGCUGCAGACGCUGAAGGAGGAGCUGGAGUUCCAGAAGAACAUCUACAGCGAGGUCAGGGCUCCAACCAAACGCCGCCACGAGACGCGUCUGGUUGAGAUCGACAACGGGCGGCAGCAGGAAUUCGAGAGCAAAUUGGCCGAAGCGCUGCAGGACCUGAGGAGGCAGCACGAGAACCAGAUCCAGCAAUACAGGGAGGAGCUGGAGAAGACUUAUGGGGCCAAACUGGAGAACGCCAAGCAGUCGGCGGAGCGGAACAGCAACAUGGCGGGCGCUGCCCACGAGGAGCUGCACCAGACACGGAUCCGCCUCGACAGCCUGAGCACGGAGCUCAGCCAGCUGCAGAAACAGUUGGCCGCCAAGGAGGCGAAGCUGCGGGAGCUGGAGGAGGCGCGCCGGGAGCGGGAGGGGGGACGGCGGCUGCUGGCGGACAAGGAGCGAGAGAUGGCGGAGAUGAGGGCGCGGAUGCAGGCAGCAGCUGACGAGUAUCAGGAGCUGCUGGACAUUAAACUGGCCCUGGACAUGGAGAUCAACGCGUACCGCAAACUGCUGAGGGCGAGGAGGAGCGGCUCCGUCUGGUCCCCCUCAGUCCCGUCCUCCCAACGCGGCGCCGCUCGCGGUUCUGGCUGCACCAUCCGGGUGCAGGGUUCGGCCAAGAAGCGGCGCCUUGGAGGAACGGGGAGACGGACUGCGACGGAGCGCGAGGGUCGAACCAGCUUGUCCCACCAACGCGAGAACCAGCGGGCAAGAGUGGGAGUGGAGGAGGUGGUUGGAAGACGGGAGGUUCGGUUGCGGACCUCGUCCUGUGGCAGCUGGCAAGGUGAAGCCGUCAGAACGGUGGACGACCUUCCUUCCCUCACUUAUCGCUUCCCCCCGAAGUUCACGCUGAAGGCGGGUCAGGCCGUCACGAUCUGGGCCUCGGGGGCCGGCGCGACCCACAGCCCCCCCAGCGACGUGGUGUGGAAAGCUCAGAGCACGUGGGGCACCGGGGACAGCCUGCGCACAGCCCUCAUCAACUCCAAUGGAGAGGAGGUGGCCAUGCGCAAGUUGGUUCGCACCGUCAUCAUCAACGACGACGAGGAUGAGGAGGACGAUGAAGUCAGCGUCCAUCACCGCCACCACCACUCCGGCUGCAGCGGCUCCGCGGACCCGGCCGAGUACAACCUCCGUUCGCGCACGGUUCUGUGCGGGAGCUGCGGGCAGCCGGCGGAUAAAGGCGCCGCCGUGUCGUCGUCAUCGUCCAGCUCCACCGUGACCGUGAGCCGCGGGUACCGCAGCUCCGGGGGGGGGCUGGGCGAGGGGCUGCUCGGCCGCUCCUACGUCAUGGGGGGAGCCGGCCGGGGGGGGGAGAUCCAAAAGCCCACACCAUAUUAUGGCGACCCUGCCCCACACUCUCGGCAAGCCGCAGCCGCUCGAAUGUAG